AUGGACUCUGUUAUUGUUACAGAAGUGCUAACAACUGCAAGCGCAACCGGUACAUCAAAUCAACACUCGAAUCUGCGGUUCAUCGCAAAGGCUGCAGAGGAAAUCGUGGAUGAAAAUGGUCGAAAGGAAAGGGGCCUACUGGCAGAGUUAUUCUCGGAGAACGUUGUUGCCAAAAUUUUGCGGACUGCAACAGAUGGACUGACGGAUAAUAAUCCACCUACCCAAUACCCUAACAUAGUGCCUCAGAAAGGGUUCAAUGCUGGAGUUUACCAAUCAAGCGAUAUUUCGUUCUGGACAUGUGGAUUUUUCCCUGGCUGCCUAUACUCGCUACUUGAGCGUAGUAUCAAGUACCCACAGGGUAUUCCAAUAGGGCUCGAUGAUGACGGUGCCUGCAUAAAUAGGAUUGGCGGCAAUGAUGUUGUCGGUCAGUCAAGAUCACUAUCAAUCCGAGGCCUAUGUAACCGCCUGAAGAGUCUGGGUCUUCUCUGGUCUGAUCCGAUCCACGGCGAGGCUCAACUGACCAACACCCACGAUUUGGGCUUCAUCAUAAUGCCUCACAUGCGUCCACGAUGGGAGCUUUUCCACGACGAGUCAGCGGCCAAAUCUAUCCGCACGGCUGCACAAAGUCUUUGCACACGUUUCAGCUGUACGGUUGGGGCCAUCCGAUCCUGGGACGCAAUUUUCUGGCAGAAACCGCCAGCAAUACCCAUCACAGAUAUGGCGGAGAAUUUCCUCGUCAUCAUUGAUUCCAUGUGCAACUUGGACCUAUUGUUUUAUGCCGCUGCACUAACAAGCCAAGCGAAUUUGGCGGAUGUCGCCAUCAAACAUGCCCGGACACUCAUAGACACGCACUUACGACCUGAAAGCACUCUUCGUGGAGCCACCUCUAGCUGCCGGUAUGGAGGGACUUUAUAUAGCACACGGCAUGUUGUCAACUUUGACCCCGUGACGGGGAAAGUAAUGAGGCAUAUGACGGCCCAAGGCCACGAUGUCAGCACCACUUGGUCACGGGGGCAAGCGUGGGCGAUCCUGGGCUAUGCUCAAACAUAUGCCUGGACCAAAGAACUAGAUUUCCUCGAUGUCGCGUGCGGAUUAGCGGAAUACUUUCUGCUCAAGCUGGAAACAGCGCCCGCAUGUGUCGAGCUCAAUGUCCGGAUCGCAGAGCAGGAGACUUCCAGCACUCACAAGACAAUCAAGAGCGGGAGGUACGUUCCCUUAUGGGACUUCGACGCACCUCUCGAAGAUAGUGAUUCACCACCGUUGAGAGAUACCUCGGCCGGUAUGAUCGCAGCUAAUGGUCUACUCAUGCUCUCCGAGAGUCUUUCCGACGGAGGCCAGCAUGACUUGAGCGCUCGAUAUAUCGAAGCAGCGCUUAGAAUCGUUCGGGAAACAAUCGAGUGCUCCCUUGCUCCUGAGAAGGCACACUUGACACAGGUGGACGGACAGAUCACUGGCGAGGAUGUGACACCCGAGCGAACUUUCGAGGCAAUAUUGAAGAAUGCAACGACGUCAAACAAUCCAAUGGGCAGGGAGAGAAUCAAAGAUCAUGGACUGGUGUAUGCUGACUACUAUUUCAUCGAAUUCGGAAAUAAAUUGCUGCGGAUGGGAGUGGUUUAG